AUGGCUUCUAUACCGUAUUCUCAUCCUACCGAUUAUUCCAAUGCCCUUCCUCCCAUCUCACAGCAACAUUACCCUUCUUCCAUGCUCGUUCCGACUGAUACCGAAGUCAAUGGCCCCACAAGCCAUACAGGAGCAAUGACCUCAUCGAUCGGAUCACUCUUGAAUGACAGUGACACAAGGGUCAAACUGGAUGUUCCACCUCAAUCUGCUUCUUUACAAUCGGAGCGUUCUGAUGAUUUGACACCUGAACCUCAAGAAGAAGUUGAUGCUGAAGGUAGUGAUAUUGAAAUGGAAGUCAAUCAUCGAAAUGGACUACAGUCAAGGGCAUCGAACAUCUCUGAAGGGGAAGAAGAGGUCGAUUCUGAUGAAGAAGGAAAUGCGGAGCCGGAUGUAGGAUACGAAUAUGAUGAUGAACAAGGUGAUGAAGAUGAUGAUAUGGAAGAAGACGAGGAAGAUGACGAAGAUUACGAUGAUCCUUCUUUCGGUUCAAAGAAAAAGAAAUCCACCAAACCAAAGAAUGGAAAUGAACCGCGAGAUAAUCUGCUAUUACCCAAAAAGAAGAAAUCCACAGCUUCUUUCCCUCAACGUAAAGAGAAAUCGGAAGAAUCAUCAGAUGAAGAUUAUGGAUCUAAAUCCCACAAGAAGAAAUUCUUUUCUAAAUCAAAUGGUGGUUCGAAUAAUAGGGCAACGCCCGAAACUCCAUAUUCAGAAGGUGAUGGUGCAUGGAGAAGAGGCGCUGCCAAAAAAGUAGUCACGUACAAUGAAGCGGACGUCGAUUAUGGAUUGGAAAGUGAAGAUGACCAAGGGGAAUAUUAUAGUGUGCCUCCAGGUGAAGUGGAAGAAGCAGAUGAAAUCGAUCAAGUCUUAUAUCAUUAUCGAGAUGAAGCACGUAAAGAUGAUCCAAAGGAUGUACCUCAAGAGAAUCUACGAUACCAUGUAAAAUGGAAGAAUUAUUCUCACAUACAUAAUACUGAUGAAACUUAUUUAUUCUUAAAGACAUACAAAGGAUUCAAGAAAGUAGAGAAUUAUAUAACUAAAAUUUGGACAUUGGAUCAGCAAUAUCAUAACCCAUCACCCGAUGCACCAUGGAAACCAACGAGAGAAGAUCUGGAGCAAUAUGAAAUUGAUAAGGAACGUAUCAAAGAAUUACAGGAAAGUUAUAAAAUCGUUGAGAGAGUUUUGGACGAAAAGGAAGAAAUAGGUAUUCAAGGUAGAAUAUCAAAAUUCUUUUGUAAAUGGACAAAUUUGCAAUACUCUGACUGUACCUGGGAGUCCUAUGAGGAGAUGAAAGAAUGUCAAGGAGCUUCGGAAGCAAUCGAAGAUUUCCAUAAACGUUCAGCGAGGAAUACUGUCCCGGCUCAAUCCGCCAAUUAUGGUAUCACGAAUCGACCAACAUAUCAGAAGAUCCCGGAAGAUCCGGACUACUUGAAAUGCGGAGGUGCUUUGAAACCUUUCCAAUUGACUGGCUUGAAUUGGUUGGCAUAUCUAUGGACUAAAGGCGAGAACGGUAUCUUAGCAGAUGAAAUGGGUUUAGGUAAAACAGUCCAAUCAGUAUCUUUCCUAUCUUACCUUUUCCAUACUCAAAGACAAUAUGGACCUUUCCUGGUCGUAGUACCAUUAUCAACAAUCUCAGCAUGGCAAAUGCAGUUUAGAGUUUGGGCUCCUGAUUUGAAUGUCAUCUGUUAUAUGGGUACAUCAAGAUCAAGAGAAGUGAUAAGACAGUUCGAAUUUGGGCCUCUGAAAAACCUCAAAUUUAACGUCUUGUUGACUACUUACGAGUUCAUCUUGAAGGAUAGACAAGAUUUACAGCAGAUCAAAUGGCAAUCCCUAGCGGUGGAUGAGGCUCAUAGACUCAAGAACCACGAGUCCCAACUUUACGAAGCGUUAAAGAGUUUUUGGACCGCUUCAAGAUUAUUGAUUACGGGAACGCCACUACAGAACAAUGUGAAGGAACUCUUGGCAUUGAUGCAUUUCCUGAUGCCCGAAAAGUUCCAACUGGCGAAUGAUUUCGAUCUCAAUGAUGCCGAUCAAGAAACUAAAAUCAAGGACCUUCACGAGAAGCUUGGUACGCUCAUGUUGCGUCGAUUGAAGAAGGAUGUCAUCAAGGAGCUACCCAGUAAAUCAGAAAAGAUCUUGAGGGUCGAAAUGUCUGCUAUGCAAACGCAUUAUUACAAGAACAUUCUUACGAAGAAUUUUGCUGUCUUGAGCAAAGGUGGAACUCAGCAAGUCAGUUUGAUGAAUGUUGCUAUGGAGCUCAAGAAAGCAUCGAAUCACCCAUAUCUAUUUGACGGAGCCGAAGACCGAAACAAAGCCUUGAACGAAGUGCUCAAAGGCCUAGUGAUGAACUCCGGUAAAAUGGUACUAUUAGAUAAACUCCUAGCACGACUAAAAGCCGAUGGUCAUCGAGUUCUCAUCUUCUCCCAAAUGGUUAGAUUGUUGGAUAUCAUGUCGGAUUAUAUGAGUGCCAGAGGAUACAUCUUCCAACGGCUUGAUGGUACUGUUCCUUCCGAUGUGCGAAAGAAAUCCAUCGAAGCUUUUAACGCCCCCGGUUCUCCUGAUUUCGCUUUUUUACUAUCCACUCGUGCUGGUGGUUUGGGUAUCAAUCUCGAAACCGCUGAUACCGUUAUCAUCUUCGAUUCCGACUAUAACCCUCAAAACGACUUGCAAGCCAUGGCUAGAGCGCAUCGUAUUGGUCAACAACGGCAUGUUAGUAUCUACCGUUUCGUCUCAAAAGGUACAAUCGAAGAAGACAUUCUGGAAAAAGCCAAGAGAAAAAUGAUUUUGGAAUAUGCUAUCAUCAAUCAAAUGGACACGACUGGUGCUCAUAUUAACGGAAACGGCGCACCAAAGGAAAAGAACGGGGAUUUCUCAAAGGAAGAACUGUCUGCUAUCCUCAAAUUCGGAGCCCAGAACAUGUACAAGACAGAUGAUAAUGCUCAAAAACAGAAGCUGGAAGAGAUGGAUUUAGAUGAUAUCUUGACCAAAGCCGAUGCUUUCGACACCGAGUCUGCUGCUCAACCAGGAGGAACAUCUCUGGGCGGAGAGGGAUUUUUAUCUCAAUUCGCCGCAAUUCAAGAUGUCAAGGCGGAUGCGGAUGACCUGAGCUGGGACGAUAUCAUUCCCGUUGAAGAAAGGACUAAAGCCGAAGAAGAAGAAAAAGCUGCUCAAGCCGAAGUCCCAAUUUCCUCUUCACGAAAAAGAGCUGCUGCGAGACCACCAGGAACUUAUGAAGGAAUGGACUAUGAUGAUCAUGACGGUAGUAGUAAACCCGGUUCACCUGGUGAGAAGAAGCAGAAGGCUGCCAGUCAGCCAAGAAAGACUACCGCUCAAAGAGCAUUGGAGCUGAAAGAACGAGAUCUACGAGUUCUGAUUCGAGGUAUACAGAAAUGGGGAGAUAUCAGAUUACGAUAUGAGCCAAUAGUGAAAGAAGCGAAACUUGAAGCUAAAAACAGAGUUAUAAUCAUUCAGACAUGUGAAGAUAUAAUUACUCAAGCUGAAGAAGCUGUCACCAAUCACAGAAAUCAUAUAAGAGAGUUACAAGAAAAGGGAGAACCUAUCAGUUCAUCAUUGAGACAAAAAGCAGUUUUAUUCACCUAUAAGACUGUCACUGCCAUUAAUGCGGAAACUGUCGUUGCGAGAUAUUAUGAACUUAAAGCUUUAGUAGAACAUUUCAAGAGAAUAGAAGAUAUCUCAACUUAUUCAAUUCCUUAUGAUAGUCUAAAGCCAACAAUGAACUGGACAGUAGACUGGAACGCCAAUGAUGACGCUCAUUUGUUACUUGGAAUAUGGAGACAUGGUUUUGGAAGCUGGGAACCUAUUUCUCAGGAUCCUGAGCUCGACCUGAAAGAUAAGAUUUUCCUAGAAGAUCCCAAAUCGUCAAAAACAGCAGAACCAAACGCACCUAAACCUGGUAUACCUGGUCCUAUCCAUCUUGUCCGACGUGGAGAUUAUCUUUGUGGCUUGAUUCGGGAAUAUGAAGAGAAUCGAAGGGUGUUAGUCGAACAACAAGCUUUGAUCGCUAACAUGCCAACGAAAGAAGGAUUCGGAUUUGAACAUCCACCUUUACCCACCAUGGUAGCUGGACCAUCGGCUAAACGCAGUCCAUCAAUAACAGCUUCUGCGAAAGAUAGUGGUAAAGGUAAAAGAAGGAAAACACCUGAAUACACAGACUCAGAUGAUGAAUCAAGCUAUGAAUCAAUGGAUGAAGUUGCUGUAAAAGAAGCCUUGAGACCCGCAAAGAAACAUCUAAAAAAGCUAAAGUCCGGAACCGACAAUCUGAGUCGUGAAGAUAAAAUCGCAGCUUUGAAAGAGUGUUUAGCGGGAAUAGGAACGCGCAUAGAUGAAAUUGUAGCUGAAAAACAGACUGCUGGAUUGGAUAGUAACAAAUGGAGAAAGCAUUGUUGGGUGUUUGCGUCUUAUUUCUGGCCCAGGACAGGUGUGAAUUAUGCCAAAUUGAUGGAGAUCCAUGGCAAGAUGGUCGGCAACGUAUCAGGAGCCCCAGCGAAGAAACCAAAGGCUAAAAGGAAGUCUGAACCUGCAAGCGAUAGACCAAAGAAGAAAGCUAAAGCGGAACCACAACCGAAAGCUGAACCCGUGAAGUCCGAAUCAUAA